CAGCCAGUGUUCGUCACCGUCUCGCCGGCCAGUAUGUCGCAUUGACGCGCCAUUCGUUGCCGAUUUUAAAAAAUAAAUGUCAAAAACACCAAUUAAAAAUAUAGGGCAAAAAUAAUAACCAGCCAGUUACAAGUGACAUUUUUUUUAAAUCGCGUGCGCGUUUUGUUUUUUUUUUUUAAUUUAAAGGAACUGUUGCAGUGAAAUAAUGGGUUUGAAAUCUGAAGAUGAUAAGCGGCCGAGCAAGUUGGCGAUUAUGGAUGAUAUUUCAGAUACCCCAAGUGGUCUCGGCACACGGCACUGGGUGACGUUCAUGCUGUUCCUUGGCAUGGCGAACGCGUACAUAAUGCGCACCAACAUGUCCGUGGCCAUCGUGGCUAUGGUCAACCACACCGCGUUGCCCGUGCACAAGGAAGCGAUGGACACCGAGUGCGGGAACGUCGAUGCCAACGCUACCAAUGCGGCGGCGUCACAGGACGGCUCCUUCGUAUGGAGCUCAACACUGCAAGGAUACAUUCUGUCCUCUUUCUUCUACGGCUACGUCAUCACGCAGAUUCCCUUCGGUAUAUUGUCUAAGAGGUUCGGUGCGCGUCUGUUUCUGGGCGUAGGAAUGUUGAUUAACUCUGUGUUCGGUCUGCUGGUGCCUGUCGCGGCUGAGGCGGGCUACGAGUGGCUCAUCCUCGUGCGAUUCAUCCAGGGCCUGGGAGAGGGUCCGAUUGUGCCGUGUUCGCACGCCAUGUUGGCGAAAUGGAUUCCACCCAACGAGAGAAGUCGGAUGGGUGCUGCUGUAUAUGCCGGAGCUCAGUUCGGCACAGUAAUAUCCAUGCCGCUGUCGGGUCUGCUGUCGGCGUACGGGUUCGCCGGCGGCUGGCCCUCCAUCUUCUACGUGUUCGGACUGAUCGGUACGGUCUGGUGCCUCGCCUUCCUCUUCCUCGUCUCCGAGGACCCUGAAGUCUGCCCCAGGAUUAAGGAGGCGGAGAAGAAAUACAUUCUCAGUUCGCUGUGGGGUGCUGCUGGUUCCAGCUCUCCGCCGAUCCCCUGGUGCAAGAUAAUCCUGUCGAUGCCGUUCUGGGCCAUCAUGUUGGCGCACAUGGGACAGAACUACGGCUACGAGACUCUGAUGACGGAACUGCCCACAUUCAUGCGACAAGUUCUUCACUUUUCUAUCAAGGACAACGGUUUCGUGUCUGCGCUUCCAUAUCUGUGCAUGUGGCUCUUCUCAAUGUUCAUCUCCGUGGUGGCGGACUGGAUGCUGGCCAGCGGCAGAUUCAACCACACUCAAGUCAGGAAGAUCAUCAACAGUAUAGGUGAGUACGGUCCCGCCAUCGGACUGUUCAUAGCGGCGAACACAGGCUGCAACCCCGCCGCCACUGUCGCCAUACUGGCUGUCGGCGUCGGUCUCAAUGGUGGUAUCUACUCUGGGUUUAAGGUGAAUCACUUGGACAUAUCCCCGCGGUUCGCGGGCAUCUUGAUGUCCUUCACGAACUGCCUCGCGAACCUGACGGGCUUGCUCGCACCUAUCGUAGCUGGAUACAUCAUUGAGGGCAGGCCAACACAAGCGCAAUGGAGAAUAGUGUUCUACAUCGCGGGCGGUGUGUACAUAUUCUGCGCGACAUUCUACAAUCUGUUCGGGUCUGGACAGCGUCAGGAGUGGGACAACCCCGCAGAGGACGACGCACUCGCAAAGAAGGCCGCCGCCAAAAAGGCCGAUAAACUCCAGAAGAAAGCUGCCAAGAACCCCAAUGAAGCAGAGACCGCGCAAUAACAACACUUAUGUGAUGUGACUGGAUAAACCAAACAUUAAUAAUUAAAUAUGACAUUACUAUUGUACAUUUAUAUUAAGCGAUAUUUAUUCUGUUACUUGUAGCUGUCAAUCUGUAAUGUCUGCGAUAUUUUUAAUCUUUGAUUGUCAUUUUGAAACAUAACCUCCUUUUUGAAGUCAGAUAAGAAGCUAAUGGAAUCGUUUGUCUUUAGCCAAGACAAGACGAUUAUCAUUAUAAAUGUAAGUUAUGUAAAUUAUCAGCAAUUUUUUUUUAAAUCAGUUUCGAGCGUAUACGGGUUUCUGAGUUAGGGUAGACUGUGGUAUUAAAAACGGACUAUCUAAAAUGCUGCUUUUAAAUUUUCUUAAAUAAUUCUAAUGAAUUCAUUUAAAUAAAAAUAUAAUCACAAGGCUUGCUAGGCCUAAAUAUAAAUUAAAUAUUGUCUUUUGGAAUCCAUAAAGACGCACAUCAUUAAGGCUGUGAUAAUCACUAGUAACUGACAAAAGGAAACCCGUAUCGAAAUUAACCUUGCUAACUAUUUAAAAACCGUUAUAGUAUUUUUUAUGUUAAAUCGGCUCGAGGGUAUACAUUUACAUAUAUGUGAAAAUAUAAAUAACUUUGGGUCCAAGAUAUUACUACAUGAACGUUACCGUCCCAGCCAGUGUUUGCUUAAUUUUUAAAAAUACUACAAAUCAAAUGUUAAAGUGAUUUGUUCAAAUGUGCUGGUUCGUUUAUUUGACAUAAAGAAAAAAAAAUGUGCAAAAUUGUCCUCGCAUUAAAAUUAUAUGUAAAAUUUUAAUUAUUUUAUAAAAACUCGAAUUUUGUGUACGUUAUAAUUGCAGAACUUCACUAAAAAUUUGUCAUAGACUAAGCAUCAUCAUGAAGAUAAUCUACAAAACGGUGAAAAAAAAAUUCUCAAUAUUAUGCGUAAAUAGGAACAAUUACGUUUUCGUCGCUUAAAAUAACUCGAAGUGAUUUCUCAAACUUAUUAGUUUUUGCUUCUUGGCGCCAAUGCAUUUAGUCUAUGAUUUGGAGUUAGUGCCAAACAGAAAUGUGUUGUGAGAUAAUUUAGUUCCCUCCCCGCUUUAAGCGAUUCUUGUCCCGUUAGACGAAACCGUAAGAUAUAUUUAUAGAUUUUUGUUUGUAAUGCGUUGUGUCCUAGAGCUAAUGUGAUAAGUGUUUCAUAUAAUCAAUAUAUUACAAUAUAAAAAUUAGUAAUAGUAUUAUAUGACGACCAGGAUUAUUAUAAUUAAGUUAUUUGAUAUUACAAGUAUUAUAAAUGUGUAAAGAAAUUUUAAGGCUGUCAAUACAAUUGUCCUCCCCAUAUUUCCAAUUUUAAAGAUAUUCUAAAGUUAAUGUAUUUUUUAAAUUCGGUAUUUAUGAAUCUUCUACAUAUAUAUAAAUAGUUAGUACGUAUAUGUAGUCAGGAUUCAAAUCCACUACUCGCAAGCUUCACCAGAAUGGCCUUAAUAUCUUUAUAUGGAACUUUUUGUUAUAAACACUUUUGGAAUUUUUAAAAGUAUUUCUGCUACAAAAGUACAAAACCUCUGUGGUGUGUCAAACACAUCGCUAUCCAUAGUGCUGUGCGAAAUAGACAAAUGUUUUUUUUGUAUAAGCUUUACAUUAAAAUGUCUGGAAAAUAUAACAGAUGUUUUUAAACA